AUGAUGACCCAGAAGGAGUAAAUCAGGUGACAGAAAUAGGAGUGAAGUUUCAGUUUAAGAUUGCCCAAUCACUCCAGAGCCUCAGUCCUCCACAGAUCUUCAAAACCUGAUGACAUUGGUUUCCCUGUUGGCAUUCUCUGUUAGCUAACAGAGGAGAAAGACUCAGCUACUGACUUCUUAAAACAAGCAGAAUAAUGGAAUCUAUACUGGGUUUAGAAACAGACGACACUGUGAAAAAAGAGACCCUUAAGAAGUAUAAAAUACUGUGUGGGGUUCUUUUUGUUUUGUUGGUGGUGAUGACACUUGGGCUAGGCCUGGGACUUGGAUUAAAGCGACAAGAAAGCAGAGGGAGUUGUAGAAACAAAUGCUUUGUGCAGUCCUACAGAGGACUGGAGGGCUGCCAGUGUGAUAGUGGCUGUAGAGAACGGCAGAACUGCUGCUGGGAUUUUGAAGAAACUUGUGAGAAAUCAACUCAAAUAUGGACAUGCAAUGAAUUUCGUUGUGGAGAAACUCGGCUACCUAAUAGUCUUUGUUCUUGUUCUGACGACUGCUUGCAAAGAAAAGACUGUUGUGUUGAUUAUAAACCUGUUUGCAAAGGAGAAAAACACUGGGCAGAGGAAGAUUGUGAUGCUUCUGAUAAUCUUCAGUGUCCAGACGGGUUUGACCUGCCACCUCUGAUUUUGUUUUCCAUGGAUGGUUUUAGAGCUGAGUAUUUACAUACUUGGAGCUCACUGAUGCCUCAUAUCAAUAAAAUGAAAACAUGUGGAACACAUUCGAAGUACAUGAGAUCAGUCUAUCCAACCAAAACCUUCCCAAAUCAUUACACCAUUGUCACAGGAUUAUAUCCAGAAUCCCAUGGCAUCAUUGACAAUAAUAUGUAUGAUGUAUAUCUUAACAAGAACUUUUCACUUUCAUCAAAUGAGAAAUUCGAUCCGAAAUGGUGGAAUGGGCAACCUGUCUGGCAAACAGCUAAACAUCAAGGUUUGAAGGCAGGGACCUACUUUUGGCCUGGCUCUGAUGUUGCUAUUAAUGGCAUAUAUCCAGACAUAUACAUGAUGUAUAAUAAUUCUUCUCCAUUUGAACAGAGAAUUUUGGACGUGUUGCAUUGGCUUGACCUACCUCAUUCUGAAAGACCUGAUUUUUAUACCAUAUACAUAGAAGAGCCGGAUUCUGCUGGACAUUCAGCUGGACCAGUCAGUGGUGAUGUAGUUAAAGCCUUAGUGCGGGUUGAUCAGAUUUUUGGAAUGUUAAUGGAUGGUCUAAAACAAAGGAAUUUACACAACUGCGUCAACAUCAUUCUUCUGGCUGACCAUGGAAUGGAUCAGACAUAUUGUAGUCAGUUAGAAUAUAUGACUGAUUACUUUCCAGAAAUAAACUUCUAUAUGUAUGAAGGGCCUGCACCUCGUAUCCGAUCUCGAAAUGUUCCACGUGACUAUUUUACUUUUGAUUCUGAAGGAAUUGUUCGAAAUCUCAGUUGUAAAAAAGAAGUUCAGCAUUUUAAACCUUACUUGACUCCUGACUUGCCCAAACGAUUGCAUUAUGCUAAAAAUAUUAGAAUUGACAAAGUUCACUUACUUGUGGAUGAACAGUGGUUGGCUGUAAGAAAUAAAAAUUAUAAAGGUUGUGGAGGUGGUACCCAUGGUUAUAACAAUGAAUUUAAAAGUAUGGAGGCUUUCUUCAUGGCACAUGGACCAGCGUUUAAAGAGAAAACUGAAGUAGAACCUUUUGAAAAUAUAGAGCUCUACAAUCUAAUGUGUGAUAUCUUACGCAUUCAUCCAGCACCAAACAAUGGAACUCAUGGGAGUCUAAACCAUCUUUUGAAGGAGCCUUACUUUUAUCCAUCACACCCUGAAGAAGAGUCGCGUCUUCUUACUUGCCCCUUUGAAUAUGCAAAACCCAGUCAUAGUUUAGAUUGUUUAUGUCCUGAACUAAGUCCGGAAAAAGAAAUAGAGAUGAAUGAUAUGUUAAAUUUAUCUACUCAACAAGAACAAGAAUAUAUGGAUGAACAUUUACCCUUUGGGAGGCCCAUAAUUGCAAAAAAAGGCAAGACAUACUGUCUCCUUUACCAUGAAGAAUUCGUGUCUGGAUUCAGUUCAGAAAUCUAUAUGCCACUGUGGACCUCAUACACAAAACGUAAAGAUGGAGACACAUUGCCUCUUCCUCCCACUAUUCCAGACUGUCUGCGGGCUGAUGUUAGGAUUCAUCCUUCUCAGAGCCAAAAAUGUUCCGUGUAUUCACCCGAAAAGAAUAUCACCCACGGCUUCCUCUACCCUCCCAAUUUCAAUCAGACAAGGCUCGGUCAAUAUGAUGCUUUACUUACAAGCAAUUUGAUUCCCGUUUAUCCAGCAUUUAAAGAAAUAUGGGAAUACUUCCAUAAUCAUCUGAUUUUUAAAUAUGUUAAUGAAAGAAAUGGAGUGAAUGUGAUUAGUGGACCAAUUUUUGACUACAACUAUGAUGGACAUGCUGAUGACCUCCAUGAAAUUGAAAAAUUUGUAGAGAAAUCUGAUGUUCCUAUCCCAACUCAUUACUUCGUGGUGCUGACUAGCUGCAAAGACCAGACUUAUGAUCCAAUAAACUGUCGUGGAUCCUUGGAUGUCUUGUCUUUUGUCAUUCCUCAUCGACCUACAAACAUAGAAAGUUGUGCUGCACAUAAAGUUGACGAUCAUUGGGUCGAAGAAAGAUUUAAGGCUCAUACUGCCCGAGUCCGUGACGUGGAACUUCUCACAGGACUUAGCUUUUACCAUGACAGAUGGGAGUUUGUUUCUGAGGUCUUGCGACUAAAAACAUUCCUGCCCAUUUUUUGAAACUCAUUAACUGACUACAGAAACAUUAUUUCAGAGAAUAUGGGUAAUUAGCUCUUCUAAUACUAUAGGGUUAGACAAUGAAGAAAGUUAUUUCUCCUUUAGCCACAUUGAGUUAUUUCCCCUUAUCUUUUGCUUCUUAUGCCUAUCCAUGGGCUUCUCAUCUUGUGUUUCUCCAGUGGAUCCCAGGAGAAACAGGAAAUGACUUCCAAUUUGGAAUCAAAUCUUUAUUGCCUGAGUUUUAAUGUUAAAUUUACAAAAAGAAUACAUUUCUCUGGAUGUGAGAGCAGAAAUUUUAUAGUUUACCCCCAAUAUCUAAUCUUUUAUGAGCUGCUCAUCAGUGUGACAGUAUUUCACUCCCAUGAAAGUAUAUUUAAAUUCACUUGAUAGAACUUUGUUGUAUCUUCACUAAUUGCCUUGAGACUUUUUACUUUGUUUUUUUUAUUAAAGUUUAAGUAAAAUCAUAGCUAUUAAUAACCAUCCAAUUACUUUAGAACAUAUCUCUUCUAAUCAGAUUUUAAGCACUGUAAUAUCAGUAUUUUAAAAAAUAUUAAUAAUGCUAAUAUUUAUAUAGCACUUUAAAGUUUACAUGAUUUUAUUUGAUCCUCCCAAUAGCUCUGAAGUGGCCUUUGUGGUUAACCUCAUUUUGAAGAUAAAGAAAAAGGAGAGAUUUGACCUAGGUCUUUCUGACUUCCAAGUUUAUUUCUCUAUCUAUCCACUACAUUGAGCUUCUUCCCCAAUGGAAUCAACAGUGUUGAAAGGACUGAAGUACUCUCUCUUUUUUUUUUUUAAACUCUUGUAUAGAUUCAACUUUAAGAAACAGAAUAGAUAAGAAUCAUGGAUUUUCUCCCAAAUAUUACUGGAUAAUUGGGGUUCAAACUGAGUAACUUAUUCCAUGUUUCAGUCCUGCCUACAUGGGUUUAUAUAUUGCUAUUAUAUAUAGAUAUAAUAUUGCUAAGUGAAAUAGACUAUGCAAGCAGAAACUAUUGAGAAGACUUCCAAAUUUGUCUACAGAGAGCCUAGAUUUAUUUGAAGUGAAGAUUUUGAGCAUGGAUUUGGUGGGAGAUGGUGAAGAGUGGAUUUGUUUUUACUUUAAAAUAGAUUCAAAAUUUUUUCUUAGGGAAGUUCCAAUAAUUUUAGAAAAAAUGUUUAUGUUGUAAAGAUGGGAAAUGACUCUUCCUACCCUGUGCAUUUUAAUUUCACAGAUCAAGAAGAGAAAGAAAGAAUUAUGAGAUAGUUUAAGUAAUGAUUUGAAUUUGUGUAAAUUAUCUACUAUGUCUGAUUGUCUAAAAAACACGGUGUAUUUUUGAAUCUAAUAAUUCAACCUUUAAUUCCUCACAUAAUUAUGGUUUCUAGCUUUAUGAUGGAAAUGGUUGUAUUACCUCAGGUAACAAAAUCCUGUUUACAUUAAAAUGUUAUAAAAAACAAUUGUAUGUAGAGUUAUUUUUCCUCAAAUAUUUGUUUAAAUAAAAUAUUACUUUUUUU